AUGGCUCCCCAGCCCCCGCCAGGUGGCGCACCUAGUGCCACGAGGCACUGUCAGCCCGUCCAGUCGGCCCUCUCGGCCCCCGUCAACCACCCGCCGCGCGACACGACGACAACGACCCAGUCCCGCCCUCUCACCUCUGCCCAGGUCGGCCCGCCGCCGGUUCCGCCCCAGGUCGCCGCCGCCGCCAAGCAGAAGAAGCGCCAGGCGCAGCGCGAUGCCAAGGAGCUCGUGCCAGCCGGCGACGAGGGCACUCGCGGCCGCAUCGUCGUCCCCGGCUCGUCCUCGACCAUCGCCGCCGCGACGCCGGCCACGGUCACCAAGUCGGCUCGCCAGAAGAAGGGCCGCAAGAAGAAGGCCGGCGGCCUCCCGAGCCAGGCGUCCCAGUUCAACAAGAGCAAGGCCGGCCCUUCCUCCUCGUCUACCACCUCCAAGUCGACCUCCUCCACUUCGACCUCCCCCUCCUUCGCACCCGUCCGCGGCCAGGGCAGCGCCCUCGCCUUCACUCGUCCUCGCGGCGACGCCCUCAACUCGAGCAUCGCCUCGGUCCUCGGCGCGCCCGCGCCCGACUCGGUCCUCGGCACGAGGCCGGCCGACGUCCUCGAGGCGCACGACCGCGAGACGCGCACCAAGCGGCAGAAGGUCGCCGCCGAUGAGAUGAGGCGUCGCCUCCUCCUCGACGACGACGGCGAUGACGACGACGACGACGAGCCGGGCAAGGCGGUCGCGAGCGAGGACAAGCCGGCGCCUGUUGCCGUGCCGCCCGCGCUCGUCGGCGAGGACGAUGAUGACGAUGGCGACCUCGUCAUCGCGCCGGCGGCGUCGGCAGCAGCCUCUUUCGCCUCCCCGUCGACCAUCGCCUCGGGCGCCGCUCCGGGCCAGAGCGGCUCGCCGACGACCGACCCGCUCGCAAACUACCGGACCCUCCCGUCCUUCGCCCCGCGCCCGUCAGCGUUCGUCUUCCCUCCCGCUCCGCCGACCCACGAGGCGCCCAAGCCGUCCUUCCCCUUGUCCUUCGACCUUCCGCCCGCACCGCCGCGCGCCUUGCCGCCGCCGCCCCCGCCGCGUGCGCUCGAACCCGUCGUCGAGUCGGUGCAGCCCGACGUCGAGCAGGAGCAGCCCGUCGUCGACGAUGUCGCGCCCGAGCCGCCCGCCUCGCCCGUCGCCGUCGCCGUCACCGCCGCGUUCGAGGACGAGCCCAUGCCCGGCGCCGCGCCCGUCGGUGCGCCCUCAACCUCGGUCGACGCACUCGCCAAGGCGCUCUCCUUGCCCGUCGGCGCCGUCCCCAAGCCCGACCUGCGCUCGGCGGCCAUCAUCCUCGCCGGCAAGAAGCGCAAGCCCAAGAAGUUCAAGCGCGCGCCGCAGCUGUUCGACUACCUGUCGGACGAGCAGAGCGACGACUGGGAGGACGUCCAGCAGGCCAAGGUGCCGAAGCGGCCCAAGACGGGUCGUGCCGUCGGCGGCAAGCUCGAGUCGGGCGGCGAGACGACGGCGGGCGAGGGCCACGGCGAGGUCGACGUCGACGGCGACGAGGAGCGCGAGAAGAAGGCGCUCGCCGAGAAGCUCGUGCCGACGAGCUACCAAAAGGCGCUGCUCGAGUGCGCUCAGCAGGCCAACAUCGUCACCGUCCUGCAGACGGGCAGCGGCAAGACGCUCGUCGGGGUCCUCCUCAUCGACUGGGUCCACGCCAUCGAGGCGCAGCGUCGCGAGGCCGGCGAGCCACCUCGCCUGUCGUUCUUCCUCACCAACUCGGUCCCGCUCGUCCACCAGCAGGCCGACACCAUCGCUCGCAACACCAAGCUCCGCGUCGGCAAGCUCUUUGGCGCGCUCGGCGUCAACCUGUGCAGCGAGAAGGAGUGGGACUGGAACUUUGCGCACUUCGACUGCCUCGUCGUCACGGCCCAGCUCAUCCUCGACUCGCUCGCGCACGGGUUCCUCAAGAUGGAGCAGAUCUCGCUCCUCGUCCUCGACGAGGUGCACCACAGCAAGGCCAACCACCCGUUCGCGAGCAUCCUGCGUGACUUCUACCACCGCGCGCCCAAGCACAAGCGCCCGCGCAUCCUCGGCCUGACGGCGUCGCCCCUCAACGGCAACGCCGGCAUCGACGAGGCCAAGACGCUCGAGAAGCUCCUCGACGCCAAGCUCGUGACGGCGCCACCCGAGACGCAGGCCGAGUUGCGCGCCAUGGCGUCCGUGCCCACCGUCCUCCAGAUCGAGUACGACGCUCCGCCGACGUACGCCCGCACCGAGCUGUUCGACCAGGUCGUGUCCAAGAUCAUCGUGCGCGACGAGACGUUCGACCGCUACUACGCCGGCGCCAAGACGAUGCUCAACGACUACGGUCCUGACGCCGCCGACCUCGUCUGGCACCUCGCCCUCGAGCGCUGCCGCCAGAAGCUUCUGCCCCUGCACGAGUCGGACGGGUCGGCGUCAGAAGUCGAGGACGCCUUCCUCGGGCUCGAGAUGGAGGUGGGGCCGCUUGAUGACGGCGCGAGACGGGCCAAGGAGAAGCAGGAGGAGAGGAGGAGGGACAAGGCGCGCAUGAAGAAGGAGCUGAGGGAGAAGGCCGAGCGGGAGGUCAGCCUCGAGUUGCCGGACUGGCUCAAGGUCAUCGAGGCGCACAAGCCGACGCUGGACGUCGAGCGCUUCUCGCCCAAGCUGCGCAUGCUCAUCGCCGUCCUCAAGGCGUGCAAGGACGGCGCAGAAGCCUUCCGCGGCAUCAUCUUCGUCAACCGGCGACUCGACGCUCUCGUCUUCGCCCAGAUCAUUCGCGAGCUCGCCAAGGUCGACGAGGACCUCGCGUGGAUCAACGUCGACUGCGUCACCGGUCACGGCACGGCCGCCAGCAACUCGCUCGGGCCGCGCAUGUCGUGGCACGAGCAAGCCGACGUCCUGUCAAGCUUCGCCGAGGGCCGCACCAACCUGCUUCUCGCGACGAGCGUCGUCGAGGAGGGCCUCGACGUCCAGCCGUGCAACUUCUGCGUCCGGUUCGACCUGUACGACACGCACAUCUCGUACGUCCAGAGCCGAGGCCGAGCCAGGGCGUCGGGCUCGCACUACCUCGUCUUCCUCGAGCGCGGCAACGUCGAGCACAAGCGCAAGCUGUUGCGCAUCGCCCUGUUCGACAAGGAGGUCGCCGGGCUCCUGUCGCGCGAGAUCUACGAGGCCGAGGACCAAGACGGCGACGACCUUUUCGGCCGCGCCGACGAGACGAGCGUCUACAUCGAGGAGCCGACGACGGGCGCGCUCCUCACGCCGCACUUUGCCCUGUCGCUCCUCGUCCGGUACUGCGGCUCGCUCCCCAAGUCGGACGAGUUCUCGCUCCACAAGCCGCGCUACACCGUCAACGACUACGGCCGCAACGAGUACGGCGCCCGCCAGUUCAGCUGCACCGUACAGCUCCCGAGCGCGAGCAAGGUGCGCGUCGUCACGGGCGGGCUGCGCGAGACGCCCAAGCUCGCCAAGCGCCAGGCGGCGUACACGGCGUGCGUCGUCCUGCGCAACUCGGGCUGCCUCGACGAGCACCUCCUCCCGCCUCGGUUUCUCCCGCCGGACGACGUCGUCGACGUCGUCACCGGCGUCGUCGUCGCGCCCAAGAAGCGCCAGGUCGAGUACGAGCACAAGCUCGCCGAUUCGUUCCUGCCCGUUGAGCCGUGCGCCGACGUCACGACGCUCCAUGCGUCCCUCCUCCACUUUGGCGGCGACCAAGGCGAGGCCGUCCACGCCGGCCAGCGGUACCGCCCCGUCGUCCUCCUCACGCGCAAUCGCCUCCCCGUCGUCCCGCCCAUGACCAUGUUCGUCGCCGGCGAGGCGCUCCUCGUCUACUCGACCGCUAUCGGCGCCAUCGACGUGACGGUCGAGCAGCGCAAGGCGCUCACGGGCUACACCCUCCAGCUCUGGCAGGCGAUCCUCAACAAGGUCCUGCGCGUCGCCCGCGAGGAGGUCGACGGCAAGGAGACGCGCAAGGAGCUCGACCUCGUCUACUUUGUCGGCGUCCUGCGCGACGGCGUCAACCUCAAGGCGACCGGCGUCGACUCGGGCGACCUCGACUGGGCGGCGAUGGAGCGCGGUCCCAAGCUGCCGCCGGGUCGUCAGAGCGCGGCGGGCUUUGCGACGCUCAUGGACUACUACCUGUCGUUCGACGAGGGCUUCUUCCACACGGUCAAGAUCAAGGACGAGCAGCCGCUGCUCGAGGUCAGCCGCAUGCCCAAGACGGUGACGCACCUCACGCGAACGCCCCGCAACGACGUUCAGCCGACGAUCAAGAAGCUGCUUCACUCGACGACCCGGUUCGCCAUCCCGCAAAUCGCGCUCGUGCACUUCCUCCCGGCGUCCAUCUUUCGCACCGCCUACAUGCUCCCGUCCAUCGUCCACGACCUCGAGCAGCGGUGCCUGGUCGUCGAGCUCAACGAGCGCCUAUUCGAGGCCAAGCUCGAUCACGAGCUCGUCCGCACGGCGCUCAUGACCCCGUCGGCGAGCAUCGGGCUCGACUACAACCGACUCGAGCUCCUCGGCGACGCGUUCCUCAAGUACAUGGCGUCGACGGCCUGCUUCGUCACGCACGACCGCACGACGCACGAGGGCACGCUCCAUCGGGCCCGCCUCGAGCAGAUCAACAACUCGCGUUUGGCCGACUCGGGCAAGGCGACCAACCUGCCGGCGUACCUCGCCUCGCGCCCGUUCACCUCGCGCCAGUUCCUCCCGCCCAACAUCCUCCAGCUCUCGCCCGGCCCAGCUCCGCCUACCUCGGCCGUCAUCGGCGACAAGACGAUCGCCGACUGCGUCGAAGCACUGCUCGGCGCGGGCAUGGAGACGGGCUACGAGGCGCUCGACGGCGGCGGGAUCCACAAGGGCUUCGACCUUGCGCUCGAGGUCGCCAAGGCGCUCGGCCUCGAACUCGGCAACGUCACGGUCUGGGACGACUUUGCGCGCCUGUACGGCCCGCCCGGCGAGGAGGCGCCCGUCGUCGGCGCGCUCAAGGCGGUCGAGGCGGCUCUCGGCUACAAGUUCAAGCACGCGUCGCUCGUCACCGAGGCGCUCACGCACCCGUCCAAGCUCGACUCGGUAUCGUUCGAGCGCUGCGAGUGGCUCGGCGACUCGGUUCUCGACUUCUGCGUCCUCCGCCAGUGCUGGAAAAAGUGGGGCGGCGAGCUGAGCGAGGGUCACCUCACGGAGCUCAAGGGCGCCUGUGUGUCGAACGAGACGCUCGCCGCUCUCGCCAUCGAGCUCGACCUCGACAAGUUCCUCGCCCACUCGAGCGACGGCCUCGCCCUCAACAUGCGCCUGUACCGCGAGCGUAUCGUCCUCGCCCACGACCAGGAGCUCGUCGCCGCCGUCGCCGAGCAGCGCCCGAUGCGCCCUUACUGGCUGGCGCUCGAUCCGCCCAAGGCCGUCGCCGACCUCACCGAGUCGCUCUUCGGCGCGGUGUACCUCGACUCGCGCUUCGACCCGGGCGCCGUGCAGCGCGUGUUCGACCACUGCGUCGCUCCUUGGCUCGCUCGGUGGAUCAGCCCCACGACGAUCAAGGUCGACGCCGUCCGGAACCUGCUCGAGCACGCCCAGGCCGGCGGCUGCCACGACGUGUCGCACGUGUCGGCGGUCCUCGAGCCGCGCAUCGACCACCGCACGGGCGAGCUCAUCCAGCGCCUGACCCGUACCUCGGUCGUCGCGCACGGCAUGGUCCUCAGCACGGUCGAGUCGGGCAACCCCAAGACGGCCAAGCGCCUCUCGAGCGCCGACGCCCUCGCCUACCUCGACGCGAAUCCCGGCUUCUUCCCGACCGUGUGCGACUGCGCGACUCGCCGCGACAUCGCGAGGGAGCUCGCGCUUGAGGAGCUCGAGCGGCUGCGUGCUGAGGGCCUCCUCGACGAGCCCGAGUCGUCCGACGACGAGCAGGAGGCGGCGGAGCAGAGGUCGGCGGCGCGUGCUCGCAGGACGACGGCGGGUGCGUCGGAGGUCGAGGCGGGAGAGGGAGAGGCGAUGGCGGUCGACGCCUAA